AUGGGAGACGAAGGCGGCGACGGCGGAGGCGGAGGCGGUGGCGGCGACCGUGGAGGUGGUGGCGGAGUCGGGGAGGCGACGUCGCCGAGCAACAAGGUCAAGUUCCUGUGCAGCCACGGCGGGAAGAUCCUGCCGUGGCCCAACGACGGCCACCUCAAGUACGUGGGCGGCGAGACCCGGGUCAUCUCCAUCUCUCGCGACGCGUCUUUCUCCGAUUUGAUGAAGAAGCUGAGUGCCCCGAUCGAUGCGGACGUGGUCCUGAAGUAUCAGGUGGCGCCGGAGGAUCUCGACGCGCUGGUGACGGUGCGGACUGACGAGGAUCUCAGGCACAUGCUCGACGAGUACGACCGCCACGAGAGCGGCAGGAACCCGAGGCUCCGGGCCUUCCUGUUCCCCGCCAACCCGACCGUGGUCGAGAACCUGACGGCCGCCCUGGAGCCGCAGGCGCCGGAGCAGCGCUACGUCGACGCCAUCAACGGCAUCGUCCGGACCAUCCCCAACGUGAGGAUGGCCCCUCUCCGCGUGAACCGUGCCGCGUUCAGCAUAUCCUCCGCCUGCUCCUCGCCGAAAUCGCCGUCCCCGGACAGCAGCCGCUCGACCGACGCCACGGCACAGGAGACCUUCACGUUCAACGCGAGGCGGCUCCCAAUGAGCAAGGUCCAAAGCUCGCCUAGCCUGUGCAGCCUCGGCAACAAUGCCCCGGCGCCGAACAACGGGUUCGGCAACCGCCAAUGCAUUCACCAGCACCACCAUUAUCACUACCCGAACUACCAGAGGCAGGAACACCACCCUGGCAGCUACCACACCAUUAGGCCGCCUCAGGACCCCCACAAAGGGAUCGGCGGCGGCGAGCGGCUCCACCCGGCUCUGCCGUCGGGGAGGGCCGACAUCGGUAGGAGCUACCUGGGUCAGGGAUUGAACCCCUACUACGGGUCGCAAAGGCAUCAUGGGGCCGGCGGGGGAGGUUAUAACUACUGCGGCUACUCCGACGAGUGCGGGGGUUAUGCAGGCACAAGGUACGAGCGGGCGGAUAGUCUGCCGGCGAGCCCGAGAAGGGCCUAUUGGGAUGGAUCCUACUACAAGGUAGACCUGCCGAAUUGA